AUGAGCUUGCAAGAUUGUUUUACCUUCUUUCUCCUCACAUUUGCAUAUGGGACCUGUGAAGAAGAUUUUAUUCACCAGCAGCCACUGGUAGUUGCUGAACUUGGAGGCAGUGUGACUUUACCUUGUUUUCACUCUGAUGACUUUAUAACCACUAUUUCAUGGUAUAAACAUUCAGCUGGCAAGAAACCUCUUCUUAUAGCACAUUCAGCUCCCAACUCGGGAAAAGUUACAUAUCAAAAUGCCUUUAACAACACUAAUCGAUUCUUUAUCACAAUUGCAAGUGGCUCUUAUAAUUUAAGUAUCAUUCACUUGGAGAAAGAGGAUUUUGCAACCUAUUAUUGUGCUAAGUUUUUCCUGAACAUCAUGAUGUUUGGAGAAGGGACGAUUCUGCUACAUAAUGAAACUGACAGAAAUAUCAGCACAUCUGUUUCAGCUCCAUCAUUUUGGAGUCCAGUUGUUUGUAUCCUGCUUAUUAUAAGUGUAAUAUCCAUUGUUAUGAACAUAGUUCUGGUGAUUCAAAAGAGUCGCAAAAAAGAAACUACAGAACAACUCAGAAGCCAGAUAAAUCAGAUUGAAACAGAUGACUUAAAUUAUGCUGCCCUGCACAUUUCCAAAACAAAGCCCACCACCUCGAGAAGAUCUUCAAUGAAAACCAUCCAGGAAACCAUUUAUUCAGAGACCACAGUACAUUAG